AUGUAUGUAAAUACUUAAUGACCUGCGUGUCUUAGGUUAUAUUGAAACUGAGCGAACAGCCAGUGCUGUAGUGCUUAGUUUAGUCUAAGUAAGUUAGUCUGUAGUUUUUUUUUUAUAAAAAAAAAAUAAAAAAAAGUUCAGUAGGAUUCCAGUUACAGAUACAGUCUGGUCAGACAAUAGCCCAUAAAUUAUUCAGAGAAUUAACAUGUUGCGCUACAUUUCAAGGACCCAUAUUUUGGUCAGUUUUGCCUUUCUUCUCAUCCUUUUGGGAACUGUCUAUAUUUAUUCUGGAUAUCCUGUUUCGUCCUUCAGUGUUUGCCAGCCUUGUGAUAAUAUCCCUGAGCCAGAGGUGAAGGUUGCAAAGACAAAAGAUUGCAGCAGAUGGAGGAUUGGAGACCUAAAUAUGAAAACUGGAUUGAAAUAUGCUCAGCCAAGCACACAAAAAGGACGCACUGAUGUGAACUCAGUGACAAAUUGGAAUGCUCCUCUGGUUUGGGAGGGAACCUUUGAUCCAGUCGUUAUCGAUGACAUCUAUAAGAGAAUGGACCCAAGAGUCGCUGUGGUGGUGUUUGCUGUUGGCAAAUACACUCGUUUCCUAAAGGGCUUCCUAGAGUCGAGUGAAAAGUACUUUCUUGUUGACUUCAGGGUCACUUACUACAUCUUCACAGACAAUGAAAAAGACGUUCCUAAAAUUAGAUUGGGUGAGGGCCGGAAGGUCUCAGUUGUCACUGUCCCUAGUGCUAUGCGCUGGCAGGAUGUAGUACUUGGAAGGAUGAAAUGGGCCACCAUCACGAUUGACAAACAGAUCCGUAAUGAAGCAGAUUAUCUUUUUAUGAUGGACAUCGACAGUGUCUUUCACAACCACUUUGGAGCAGAGUCUCUCAGCCAGCUAUCUGCUGUGCUUCACCGUGGCUACUACAAGAACACAAACAGGGAUAAAUUUCCAUAUGAGCGUCGGCCCGAGUCCAAGGCAUACAUUCCUGCUGGUGAAGGAGACUACUAUUACACUGCUGCUGUCUGGGGUGGAUAUCUCGAGGAAAUGUACAAGCUAGUCAGGUACUGUUACGAACAGUCAGAAGAGGAUGCCAAGAAUAAGAUUGAAGCUGUAUGGCAGGAAGAAAGUCACCUCAACAGGUACCUGUUGUACAACAAACCAACCAAGGUGCUGUCUCCAGAGUACCUGUGGUCAGACUACGAUCAGAUACCUUCAGACAUCAAAGUGGUCAGGGUCUCCCAGCUGGUUAAGAACUAUGCAGAGGUGCGGCCCAAUGGUGGACACUGAUGUCGAGUCAAUUUAAUAUUUAUGAUGUAGAACCUUCUGAAGAAAAAAUAAUAAUAGGCUAAUAAUAAUAAUAAUGGGGAUAGCUAGGUUGUUCUGUAUUUUGUAGCAUACUCUCGAAGGUAUAAAUGAAGCAUUAAAAAAUACAUGGAUUUUAAUCUUGCUCCCUACAUAUUUAUUAUAAAAUUUAUGGCCAGCAUAAAGAAUUUAUCGCAUGGCAAUAUAAAAGUCAUUGAUUCUGUUUGGCUCUGUUGGGUCAGCAGUUUAUCCAAGCUAAAUUGAACUACAAGUGUCCAUUGUAACAAUGCGUAUGAUUAAAAAGGUGACGGCAAUUUUAUCACUAACUGACUUUUUCUGUGAUAAAUGGCCAUGGUAAAGCACACCAUGAUAAUACGAUGUGGUGUAAAGAUGAACUGUAGAAAACAGUUGAAGACACUGUAUUUUGUUCUGUGUAGUUCAUCACCUCUGCUUCAUCCAUUAUAUAUUCUUUUAUAACUGAAGUCAGGACGCUGCUAAACUUUUAGAGAUUUCUCAGACUGUGUGUAUCACCUGUGUUUUAUUCUUUUGUAAGAUAUUGAGCACAGAAUUUAGACUUUUAAGGUAAACUCUUUGCCUUCAUUUUCUCCCUUUUUAAGAUGUAAAAGUAAAUGCUCAUAUUGCCCCCUAGGGGUGUUGUAGUGCGCCAGCAUCAUCUGGAUUCUCUGGGAUUUACAGUGUAUUACCUCUGUAUUGCAUUCAUUUCAUUCAUUCAUUUCAUUUCAUUAUUUUUUAGGCAUUACAUUGUGUGCAUUGUAUGAUAAUGACUGAAAUGUAAUCACAUUUGAUGCUGAAUGCAAUGACAAAAGUGUUACUGUUUCUGUUUUUUACAA